AGUUCUGUGAAUGUGAAAGUGGAGAACACUUAUUCUUGACUGCCCCUAAAGUGAAGUGAUCAUUUUUCAUACACGAAUUGUUAUAUGAAAUGAACUAACUUCACCUGAAAUGCUCAAAAAUGAAAUGUGUAUAGGGAUAGUUGACUCCAAAAUUCUGUAUGUUACUUAGUAACAAUAAUGGUAGUUUGUGGUGCAGAAGGUAGUACGAGUCAUUAGGAGAUCAAAUUCUUACGUUUUUUGAGAAAAAUUAAAAAUAGUUCUGUUAGCAAUAUCACGAAAAUAACAAAAUACUUAUCUCAAUGUAAGUCAAGAAGAAACGGUAAACAAUAUAAAAGAAGAAGAAUAUGGUCUACGACACAAAUUUGUUAGAACUUUAACCAUUUAACAACCUAAACUGAUUUAUUCAAAUAACUUGGAUGGAUGUAUCAGAGAUGCGAUAUUAUUCAGCAAUAAAACAAGUAAAAAAGUAAAACCCCAUCUUGGGUAGUUGAUAUAGACAUUAUCCAAUGCCAGCUAUGUAUCAGCCUUCUUUUACAAUUAAUAUUUCGGAAGUGGAACAAGAUAGGAUUGACCUAAAUGUAGAACUAUCUUCCAAACAAAAUUAUGAUAAAUCUUUUAAAAAGAAAACUGUAGUAGAGGUACUAGAUAUUUCGUCAGCACAAAUUUGUUGUUGGAACAAAAUUAGUAAACAAAAUGAAGAAACUAAUGGAUUUUCAUAUGAAGACUGUGAAUGUUAUAACACAAUGAAUACUAUAGUAAACAAAAAGGAAGCACAAUUGCAAGAGUAUAUUACAACCAAGGUACUACCCACGAUGAACUUCAAGGGUAAAAACAGAAUAGAAAAAGCGAAAAUGAGAAGAUUAAGGUCCAAAGAAAUUUUAUCUAAUUUUCAACAAAGUGAACGACAAGUUACCAGUGUUUUAGUUCAAGAUUGUGCUAAAAGUUUGAACGUCAGGAUAGCCAAAUCUCCUGCGAUAGAGAGACUACUUGAAAGGAUGUAUUUAUCAUUGCCAAAAAAUGGAUUAAAAAAUAAUUUCAAAAACAAUCUAUCUCUAAUGAUAAAUCGUGAAGAAAUUUUUGAAUUGUUUAUAAUAAAAAAUGAUGUACAAUUCACUGAUAAAAUAGUCUAUAAAAAACCGUUAUUACUUUUGAAUAAGUACAAUUUUUCAAGUAUCGAAUAUGAAACUGAAAGUCUGAAAGCAAAUAUUGUUUUCCCAGUUAAUAAAGUGGGAUGUUUAUUAAAAGAAAUUUUGAAAAACCCCCAAGUUUUUUUAGCAGUAAUCAAAGGCUAUGUAAAACUAGUGAAAUCUAGUAUUUUAUAUAGUUAUUUAAAUGACGAGAAUGUUUAUGUGUAAUUAAAAAAUUUUCAUAUUUUCAACGUGAAAUUUCUAAUUUUAUGACCAAAGACUAUAUAAGCUCUAAUAAAAUUUUGAUAUGUUUACAACAUAGUGUUUUAUUUGUAAAUUAACUCUUUAUGAGAUUUAAUUUUAAUUUCAAGUGGAGCACAAUUUUAUUGUGAACUACUAUGAAUAUUGUUCAUCCACUAUCUCAUGUGACAGACAGUCGAAGAAAUCAACGAAGCUCAAAAUCAGCCUUGCAGAGGAAUUUGUUCAUAUAUCAGGGCCAAAUCUAAAAUAUCCCUCACUCCACAUUAUUAAUGUCCUCAUUCCAUUCACAUGCCUCGAAUUCAGCUGCCGCCACUCCAAAGGUGUCGCGAUUUGGUUGAACAAUAAAAGCACCAAAAAGACUAUUUUUAAAUGAAGAGGAAAAUGUUGUGAUUCUGAAUAAUGGAACGUACUGGAUUCUAUUUCGUUUAGGUAUUUGUCAACUGUCAAGAUAACUUUCUUCCUGUCAUUUCAACAAGCUGAGAUUCUAGUUUCUAUAUUUUUUGUAUUAUGACUAGUCUACUUGUGUGAAGUCUUAAAUAAAGUCUUGGUGACCUCUGUAUUUUAUUGAAUACAUAACAAUCUAUACUUGACAUAACAUUUGACAACCAACUAUAUGUAGAUAGAUAAAUUUCAAGUUUUAACACAAAUUAAAUGUCUGAACGCAACCAUAAUAUUUAAUAACCAACUAUAAGUAAGGUUUGUUUUUGGUAGCUGCACUGGAACUGUACUGAACUGAUCCAGUUCAUGAGUGUAUAGAAUUAGUUCGAUGGGAUACACAGAGCGAUAUAAUGCAGAGAACAAUUAAGCAUUUGUUGAUUGUUGUAUUUGAUAUGAUACAGGCCCACAUUCGAAUUUUUUAUUGUUCAAAUUGUUAACAUUUUUGUUUAGGUAUUAAAUUACAUU